UAGCGCCGCCGCGCAGACAUCGCGGCGAGUAUAAAAGCCGCCCCUCGUUGUCGUCUGCUUCGCCAUUCGACUUCUGGUCCUUUGGUAGUUCGGCAGCAGCAGCAGCAGCAGACGACCCAUUCCCGCCCUCCCAGCCAUGGCCCCCAACAGGAACCCACCCAUCAAGUUCACGCAGCUGUUCAUCAACAACGAGUUCGUGAACUCCGUGAGCGGCAAGACCUUCCCGACGUACAACCCGGCGACGGGCAAGAAGAUCGCCGAUGUCCAGGAGGGCGACAAGGCCGACAUCGACAAGGCUGUGGCCGCGGCCAAGGCUGCCUUCGACCUCAAGUCCGAAUGGCGCACCAUCGACGCCUCGCAGCGGGCUCUCUACCUGCUCAAGCUUGCCGACCUGCUCGAGCGCGACAGGGACUACAUCGCUAGCCUGGAGACGCUGAACAACGGCAAGCCGUACAAGUACGCCCAGGAGGACAUUGACACGUCCGUCAAGCACCUGCGCUAUUAUGCCGGCUACGCCGACAAGGUGCACGGCAAGACCAUUCCAGCCGAUGGCAGCUACUUCACCUACACCCGCUGCGAGCCGGUCGGCAUCUGCGGCCAAAUUCUUCCCUGGAACUUCCCGGUGGUGCUGAUCGCGAUGAAGCUUGCCCCCGCGCUGGCCGCCGGCUGCGUGUGCAUCGUCAAGCCCGCCGAGCAGACCCCGCUGACGGCGCUGUACGUGGCCCAGCUGUGCAAGGAGGCCGGCAUCCCCAAGGGCGUGGUCAACGUGGUGCCCGGCUACGGACCCACCGCCGGCGCCGCCAUCGCCGAGCACCCCGAGAUCAACAAGGUCUCCUUCACCGGAUCCACCGAGGUGGGCAAGCUUAUCCAGGAGGCUGCCGGUAGGUCCAACACCAAGAGGGUCAACCUGGAGCUCGGCGGCAAAAGCCCGUUGGUCAUUUUCCCCGACGCUGACCUGGACGAAGCUGCCCAGAUCGCACACAUUGGUCUGUUCGCCAACAUGGGACAGUGCUGCGUGGCUGCCAGCCGGCUGUUCGUGCACGAGGACAUCUACGACAAGUUCGUGGCCAAGGCCAUUCAGCUGGCCGCCCACCGCAGGACUCAGGUCGGCGACCCCUUCGACGACGCCACAGAGCAGGGACCACAGAUCGACGACGAGCAGUUCCAGAAGAUUCUGGGCCUGAUCGAGUCCGGCAAGAAGGAAGGCGCCAAGGUCGAGAUCGGCGGAAAGCGGAUCGGCAGCGAGGGCUACUUCGUCGAGCCCACCGUGUUCACCAACGUCACGGACAACAUGCGGAUCGCCAAGGAGGAGAUCUUCGGUCCCGUCCAGCAGAUCCUCAAGUUCAAGACCAUGGACGAGGUGCUGCGGCGUGCAAAUGACACCACCUACGGCCUCGCCGCGGGUGUCGUCACCAAGGAUCUGAACACGGCCAUCACGUUCUCUGACGGCGUGCAAGCCGGCACCGUCUGGGUGAACACUUACCUCGCUGCCAACGUCCAGGCCCCAUUCGGAGGCUUCAAGAUGUCCGGUCUCCACCGGGAGUGCAACGAGGAUGGCAUCCUGAACUACAUCGAAACAAAGACGGUCACGAUCAAGAUCCCACACAAGCACUCGUAAGAAACUCGCCCACCCUGUUCUCAAGACGAAGCAUUCGUUUGUUCAUUUUGUGAAGUCUUCCUACUUUCUAUAUACUCAAGUGAACCCACGUUUUAUAUAAAGCAAGCAAUAAAAAGUUUGUACAA